AGCGAUGGUCAUGUGAUCAGCUGCGCUCUAGCGGUGUGUUGCUGGAGAUGAUGGCGUGCUGUGGAGGCGGUUUGUGUUGUCAGUGCUGCUGCAAUGAAGGCGACACAAGAACACCAGAGGAGUUGACAAUACUGGGUGAAACCAGAGAAGAUGAGGAUGAAAUAUUGCCGAGAAAAGACUAUGAGAGUUUGGAUUAUGACCGAUGCAUAAAUGAGCCAUUCUUGGAGGUUUUGGAGGGGUUGGAUAAUAAGAAAGCCAGAAAGUAUGAAGCGAUAAAGUGGAUUUUGGUUUUUGCGAUUGGAGUAUCAACAGGACUGACUGGCCUGUUUGUUGAUUUCUUCGUGCGGCUCUUCACUCAGCUAAAGUUCAGCUUGGUUGGACAAUCUGUGGAGGAAUGCAGUGAGAAUGGCUGUCUAGCUCUCUCCUUACUGGAGCUGCUGGCUCUCAAUGUGAUGUUCAUAUUCAUCUCCAGCGUUCUGGUGCUCGUUGAGCCUGUUGCAGCUGGGUCUGGUAUCCCAGAAAUUAAAAGUUACCUGAACGGAGUAAAGAUUCCAGGCAUUGUGCGGCUGCGGACCUUCAUAUGUAAGGUCACAGGAGUCCUGUUCGCUGUUGCUGGAGGAUUGUUUGUGGGUAAAGAGGGACCAAUGAUUCACAGUGGAGCGAUACUAGGAGCAGGGCUUCCUCAGUUUCAGAGCAUCACCUUCAAGAAGAUCCGCUUUCACUUUCCCUAUUUCCGCAGUGACAGGGACAAGAGGGAUUUCGUGUCGGCGGGUGCAGCGGCUGGAGUUGCGGCUGCCUUUGGGGCACCUAUAGGGGGCACCCUCUUCAGUCUGGAGGAGGGGUCGUCCUUCUGGAACCAGGCCCUCACAUGGAAAGUGUUGUUCUGCUCCAUGUCUGCCACUUUUACACUCAACUUCUUUCGUUCUGGGAUCAACUUCAAUAAAUGGGGAUCAUUCCAGCUGCCUGGCCUGCUCAACUUUGGAGAGUUUAAGUGUGUAGAUGGAGAUAAGAUGUGUCAUUUGUGGACGGCAGUAGAUUUGGCGUUUUUUGUGUUGAUGGGGGUGGCAGGAGGUUUGCUCGGCGCUCUGUUCAACUGCAUCAACAAACGCCUUGCAAAAUACCGCAUGAGAAACGUUCACCCCAAAGCAAGAUUCAUCAGGGUGCUGGAGAGUCUGCUGGUGUGUAUGGUGACCACACUCGUGAUCUUCGUGGCGUCAGUGACUCUAGGGGAGUGUCGAGAUUUAGUCUCCACCAAUAACAACACAUCAACACAGGGGUCUGUAAAUGAGGAGGUGAACUCAACCAUACGACGCUUCUUCUGCUACAACAACACGUAUAAUGACAUGGCAACCCUGUUCUUCAACCCUCAAGAGGUGGCAAUCCACCAGCUCUUCCACCAGAAUGCUACCUUCAGUCCCGUCACGCUCUUGCUGUUCUUUGUGCUGUAUUUUUUUCUGAGCUGUUGGACAUAUGGUGUGUCCGUCCCCAGUGGGCUGUUUGUCCCGUCUCUUCUCUGUGGAGCUUCACUUGGGCGCCUAGUGGCCAAUGUCCUCAAAAUCAACUUUCACAUGCAAGUAUAUGCGGGGACCUUUGCCUUGAUUGGAGCAGCUGCCUUUCUAGGAGGUGUGGUCAGAAUGACCAUCAGCCUGACAGUCAUCUUAAUUGAAUCGACCAAUGAGAUCACAUACGGACUUCCCAUUAUGAUAACACUGAUGGUGGCCAAGUGGACAGGCGAUUUCUUUAAUAAGGGAAUAUAUGAUAUUCAUAUUCACCUGAAGGGAGUCCCGCUGCUGGAGUGGGAAACAGAGGUCGAGAUGGACAAAUUAACGGCCAGUGACAUCAUGGAGCCCAACCUGACAUAUGUGUAUCCUCACACCCGUAUCCAGUCUCUGAAAAGCAGCGUGUUGACACGUGCGGGGGAGCAGAGGCGGAGGUGUCAGUCUAUGAAAUCAUACCCGUCAAGUGAGCUGCGCAACGUGUGUGACGAGCAGACUGCUGUGGAGCCGGCGGAGGAAGGGCAGGACAUCCUUCAGCAGAUGCUGGAGAGGAGACAUGUGCCGUACCCAAACCUGUACCCGGACCAGUCUCCCAGUGAGGAGUGGACCAUGGAGGAGAGGUUUCGGCCGCUCACCUUUCACGGGCUCAUCCUGCGCUCGCAGCUCGUCAACCUGCUGAUCCGCGGCGUCUGCUACGCUGAAAACCAGUCGAGCGCCUCACAGCCACGGCUCUCUCAUUCAGAGAUGACUGAGGAUUACCCACGAUUCCCUGACAUCCACGAUCUCGACCUGGCCCUUCUCAAUCCACGCAUGAUUGUGGACGUGACUCCUUACAUGAACCCCUGUCCAUAUACAGUCUCUCCAAAUACACACGUCUCCCAAGUAUUCAAUCUGUUCAGGACCAUGGGGCUUCGACACUUACCUGUAGUCAAUGCUGUGGGAGAGAUCGUGGGAAUAAUCACCAGACAUAAUCUUACCUAUGAGUUUUUAGUUGCUAAACUCCGACAGCAUUACAUCACAAUCUAAGACUCGGUUCACGAUCGAGCACCCACCUUAUUACCCAGUAAUGGCUUCCUCGAGAUGAGAAGAGCCGAAUGCUCCGGGACCUGAGACUAGAUCGCCUCCGAACCUGAACCCCGCUUCAGGUCGCACCCUAAAGCCAUUCCUAGUAUCUGCGUGAACAGCCAGAGGUCGGCACCUGACCCGACACAAACACACCUCAUGCUAGCACUAAUGCAGGUGAGGUCCUGUUCAUCAACACCUGUGCUUUAUCACCCUCACUCUAGCACUUUUAAUUUAGUCUCUCUGAGUUCUGAAUGUUUUCAUUGUGCUCACCAUUUCUGUGUAUUCCUGAACGUUUGCUUUUGCACAAAGACUGAUAGAAACCACUGACCAAUCCCCGGUCAAAAGAUUGAAUGUCAUGAAAACUGUCAAGAACGUGUCUGGGUCGUGUUUCAUCCUUAAAUCAAGCAAAAAUCAUACUCCUUUCUUUUGAAGAAAAUUAUUUUUAGGACCUUUAAGAUUUUUAGUUCUAUGUCAUUAUUUUGAUGACAGUUAAGUACAUUUCCCCCAAAUUAAAAAUAUAUAUUUUUAUUACUGCA